AUGCUGUAUGAGCAGCAGUUUGAGUCUUCAAAGGGCGACCGCAAGUGUGAGCUCAACUGCCAGGCCAUCGGCUACCGCUUCUACGUCCGGCAAGCCGAGAAGGUCAUCGAUGGCACCCCCUGUGACCAGCACGGCACGGCCAUCUGCGUGUCUGGGCAGUGCAAGGAACCUGCAUUCAGCACCUACGGUGUUCCAGACUCCGGGCACCCAGCUCCUACGGUGUUCCAGACUCUGGGCACCCGGCACCUACGGUGUUCCAGACUCCGGGCACCCAGCUCCUACGGUGUUCCAGACUCCGGGCACCCAGCACCUAUGGUGUUCCAGACUCUGGGCACCCAGCACCUACGGUGUUCCAGACUCGGGCACCCAAGAUGAGUACGAGGGGUUGGCGCUGUGGCACAGCUGCUGAAUCACCACCCGUGUCGCCAGCACCUCCUGUGAGCGCCGGUUCCAGUCCUGGCUGCUCCACUUCCGAUCCAGCUCCUUGCCAAUGCACCUGGGAAGGCAGCAGAAGAUGGCCCAAGUGCUUGGGUCUCUGCCACCCACAUGGGAGACCCGGAUGGAGUUCCAGGUUUCUUUCUUUUUUUUUUUUUUUCUUUUUUGACAGGCAGAGUGGACAGUGAGGGAGAGAGAGAGAGACAGAGAGAAAGGUCUUCCUUUUGCUGUUGGUUCACCCUCCAAUGGCUGCCACAGCCGGCGCGCUACGGCCGGCGCACCGCGCUGAUCCAAUGGCAGGAGCCAGGUGCUUCUCCUGGUCUCCCAUGCGGGUGCAGGGCCCAAGCACUUGGGCCAUCCUCCACUGCCUUCCUGGGCCACAGCAGAGAGCUGGCCUGGAAGAGGGGCAACCAGGACAGAAUCCAGUGCCCCGACCGGGACUAGAACCCGGUGUGCCAGUGCCGCAAGGCGGAGGAUUAGCCUAGUGAGCCGCGGCGCCGGCCUCCAGGUUUCUGACUCUGGUCUGACUGAGCCCUGGUCAGUGCGAACAUUUGGGGAGUGAACCACCUGAGUCCCCGUUUCUCUCCCUCUGUGUCUUUGUGAAAUAAAAUGAAAAGAUUACCCAUCAUGUCUUGCUGCAAUGCCAAGGUGGAAGCAAACUCAAAACUGCCACCCACGCCCUGGGGCACCGUCCUGGACACAGAUGAAGACAGCUCUCAUGAAGGAAGGUGUGGGGUUAGGAGUGGGGACGAGGGAGGUCCAAGCCGCAGGCCUCUGCAGGAGCGUGCAGUGGUCAGUGGGCAUUCGUGGUCCAGGGUGCCAACCAUUACACCACGGAACCCACUUCUGCUGGGAACAGAUGUAUUCUGAUGCCUGGCUUCCUGGUGCCACUUCUGGGUGUGUGACGGUCACGGGCCAUGUGCGCAGCACACAUCUGCU